AAGGGAGCAACGGAACACAUCCGUCCACAACAACAUUCUCCUAGCCUUCCAGCUCAUUCUCCAGAGACUCCAGCUCCAGCCCAGCCAGCUAUGGACCCCAACUGUGACUGUGCAAAUGGUGGCUCUUGCACCUGUGGUGACUCCUGCAAAUGCAAAUCAUGCUCCUGUACCUCUUGUAAGAAAAGCUGCUGCUCCUGCUGCCCAGCAGGAUGUGCCAAAUGUGCCCAGGGCUGUGUCUGCAAGGCCCCCCAGACCGAGACUUGCAGCUGCUGCCACUAAUGUUCCUGCCUCCUUCUGCCUGUAGAUAGAGGAACCUGUAUAUUUUCAUGCACUAUGAAAGUUUUUUACUUUUUCCCCUAUGAAAUAUGUAAAUGAAAAUAAACUGACAAUGAUUUUCUAUA